CAGGGGCGGACUGACCAUUUGGAAAUUCGGGCACUGCCCGAGGGCCCGGGGUCAGUAGGGGGCCACAUGAGAUGCCCCUGGUACCUUUUUCAUAGGCUUUUUUGAGUUUGGGCAAGGACACAGGGGCCCCAUGAUCCCCUAUUGCCCGGGGGCCCCAUGAGUUGUCAGUCCGCCCCUGCCCAUAUCAUGAUGCUUGCGCAACCAUGCUUCACUGUCUUCACAGAGUACUGUGGCUUGAAUUCAGUGUUUGGGGUAGGGGGCCCCAUGAGAUACCCCUGGUACCUUUUUCAUAGGCUUUUUUGAGCUUGGGCAAGGACACAGGGGUCCCAUGAUCCCCUAUUGCCCGGGGGCCCCAU